AUGGCGGACGAAGAAAACCAACAGUCGCCAGAAAGGUUUGAGCACGACAGACCAGCUUCUGUUCUUCCAGGGGCCUUGUUUAUAACGGGUGUGACUUUUGCAUCAAUAGUUGGUGGUUUUGGCUAUGCCAUCGGGCAAGCUCGUCGAAGAAGUUCGGAAGCUUUUGAUGCAAGAACGCAAGAAGGGGUCAAGUUGGCCCUCAGAGCACUGGGCUGGGGUACUGUUCUAGCUGUCAGCGGUGUAGGUCUUUUGGUCCUUAGUGUGAAGACUGCUUUGGGAGUCAAAGACGUAAGAAUUGUUUUACAGUUAUUUUCUAAGAACCUGGGAUCCCUCACUCCCUAUGAAAGUAAAACGUAGCGCAACGUUUAAUCGACCACUACGUCCCGCGCGGGGGGACGAGGGGGACUGCUAUUUAUGGGAUAUAUAGGUUUGUGCUGCUGUGAAGGGUAUGGUUUUCAAGCAGUUUACUGUUGGGUAGGGUAUAUAAGUCAGAGAGUUUGGGUCUAGAAUAGGGUACAGUCGAACCUCUCAGUACAGGCACCUCUCUAAUACAGACAUCUCUCUAAUACCGACAUCUCUCUAUUAUGGACAGUUUCCAAUGUCCUGACAAAAGUCUCAUAUCAAAAGUAGGUUGAGUUUGAUCAUGCGGGUGAACGUAUUCCUGAAUAGGACUGUUGUUGUUGACAGUGACUGACGUUUCGACAACCUACUGUGCGGUAGUCAUCUUCAGAGUCAAAGUGAGUUGUAUCACGUCAGUUGAUGGUAUUAUACUCUGGUUAUUGAUCUGAUUGGUCAAUUACGUCGCGAUGUUAUUGGUCGUCUGUCAGUUAAGCCCAGAUGUUAUUGGCUAUGACAAGGAAAAAAUAACGGAUUCCCAUUUUCGGAUAUUUUAGGGUAUUUAAAGAAUACCCAUAAAAAUAUCCAAAAUUGGGAAUCCGUUAUUUUUUCCUGUGUGAAGACUCGUAAUCAGUAAUUUAUUGGUGCGUUUCGAUCCGUCUAUUGUCACAGUUAAACAGUCGUUUAUUGUUAGUCAAAUUGUCAGUUCUCCAGUCGUUCUCUCGUAGUUAGUUUUGCUUGAUCUCGUCAAUAAGUCGUUUGUACAGCGCUGGUAACUGUUGGCUACGAUUCAGUGUCAUUUGUUCUAAGUUAGUUAACCAGCUUUCUAAAGUAAGACGUUGAUAGUAGUCUGUAGAAUACGUUAUACAUGUCGCAGAGUCCCAGUCAAUUUGAUGUUUUGUCUGUAAAUGGUGGUCAGCAAUGUGAUUGUUGACGUCACUGUUCCUCGUCGCUCGUUUGUGUUCGGUCAGUCGCGUGCUUAGGUUUCUGCCGGUUUCACCAAUGUAAGAAGCCUGGUAGUUGCAGCAUUUGAUCUUGUAUACUGCUCCCUGUCUGUCCUCCGGUUUGUCUUUGUCCUUGACAUUAGUAAGCGGUUGCCGUAAAGUGGUUAUCGGUUUGUGUGCAACACUUAUAUAUAUUGUAAGGUGGUAAUAUAAGUGCAAUAGUUUCAGACGUGCCUCUGAUGUAUGGUAUAGUUACUGUCGUAACAGGGCCAGAGUUGGUCUAAAAGUUGGAAUCAGUGUUACUGUGACUGUUCCGUCUAACAAGGUCCGUGUUGUAAUUGUGCUUACUAAAAACGUUGUCUCAUAUAUUUUCUUUAAAAAAACCCUCUAUAAUACGAACUCUCUCUCAUACGGACAACGGACACUAAAGCUUGGCCCCAGAGAGUAAAUUCAUAUAAACUUAACCUCUUUAUUACGGACACUGUAGUGAUCAAGUAAAUCUGCAUAGCGUGAAUCCCAUCUAGUCUGGCUGGUGAGCUAUGCAAGGUGAUAUAAAGCCCAGUCACUGUACACCAAACAACGAUUUGCGAAAGGUGUACAGAGGAACAUAACUGACUUUUUGAAGGCUUCAAUAACUACAGAUAGCAUGAAGAUCUUUUCUAUUACAUUUUGUACUCUAGUGACUGUUUACGGCACUUGCAAAAUUACGAAAGACGCUUUCAGAAUGGUGCUUUACGUUAACUUUUUACAUGCAGCAUUAUGCUGAAGCUGGUUUUGUUUUUCAGCAGUAAUUUGUCUGUAGCUGAGAUGUACAAUGUUGUAUGCUACUGAAAGACGGUGUCUUGUACCAUGAAUUGAUACCUUUAAAGGCAGUUUAAAGAUGAGUGUUAGCCUGGUUUUAGAUACUGAACACUUAAAACUGUAAGUGGAGUCAUAAAAGUGACAUCAUCAUAAUGACCUCUUUUAUACAGACACCUCUCCAAUACAGACACUUCACUCCAUCCCUUCGGUGUCCAUAUUAGAGAAGUUUGACUGUAUUAGUUUCCAGGAAACUGAUCAAUUAGUUGAAGAUUUUAGUUGGGAAUUGCCACUCAAAAAUUAAUGUAAAAAAACAAAAUCAGCAAGUUUGAAUUUACACAACUCAGCCUAAAAGCUAUUCUAGGAUUGGGGGAGGGAGGGCGGGGGGGAGGGAUUUGGGGAGUUUAGUGUAGUGUAGGGUAGCAAAAUCCAGCUGAACUAGCUCUUGUUUAGGCUAAGGUUUCCAGGAUGCCAGCGGCACAUCCCCACCCAAAAAUUCCUAAAAUACCUCCUUGAGAACUACAUUUACGUAUACCAUAUACAUAAGUUUAUAAUCUCCACCAGCAAAAUCUUACCAGAUUGUAACUGCGCUCAUUCACAUCACAUUCCACUCACUAGACAGCUAGUGCUCAUGUUUUCAUGAUGAUUGUCUGCAGGCUCCUUUUGAUAGCAGGGAUACUUUGUAAGCCCCCUGAAUUGACUACCCUAAGUGAAACUGAUUUUUUAUUUUGAUUUUUUUUCUAAAUAAAGAGCUAAGGCAUAUAUCUGUUAUAUCCCAAGCCCUUCUUUUACAUCAUACAUGGACGGUAAAUGCAUUAUAUACAUGGAGGAACAAAAGAAGAAAAAUUAAAACUUGUGUUUUUUUUUAAUAUCCUGUAUCACACAAUCCUUUCUGAUAACAUGACUAAGAUGAUUAACACACUUUUGCAAGGUUGUAUGUUCUGAAUAUAAUGUUUGCAAAAUAUUCCAAUUCAUGACUUUUCAAUUAUUGCAAUCUUUCAGGCAAAAGAGUUUGGUUUGAAAAUGAAAAGCAUUCUUCCUGCAAAAGAUGGAGAAUUUGUGGCAAAGUUUGAAUCUUGGAGAAUUCCAAGAAAUAAAGGAGAUGGAAAUGAACAAUGGUCAUCUUUGGGUUCGAAUUCAAAGACUUAG